GUGCUAGUACACACCUUUUCCAGAUGAUAAUUAAGUCCCAAACUGCUUGGAAAAAGUACCAAGACAAUGUGAAGGGAAGCCACGGAGAACCAUGAAGUCCCUAGCAGCUGCAGUCCUGUUUCUAGUGCUGGUAAACCUCGUUUUGGAAUCAGAUACUACAGAUACCACCAGUAAACCUACAGAAUCUGCUUCAACACCCAAACCAGAGUCGCAUACUUCACAUCCCAAAGCUAAUCCAAAAACAGAUGUUUUAAUACCAAAACCAGAGUCGAACACUUUACAUCCUAAAGGCAAUCCAAAAUCAGAUGUUUCAACACCCACACCAGAUGCUACUACUAAAGCAGUGGAUAAUGCCAAUACCGGUGCAACAUCAGCUAUUGUAACUAUUAACACAAGUACUACAAUCAGUGCCGAAAAAGCAAUUCCAGAGGAUUCCCAGACAACUGUACAACUAGUGGCUGGAAGAAGAGAAGAAACCAAAGGUUCUAAAACAGAAACAGCUACAGCAGCUGGUGACACAAGCUCAACUACUGAAAUCACUAAGAAUGCUAAAAUUGAAGCAGCAGCAACAACUGUAUCUGGCAGUGCAACUACUGAUAAAACAUCUACGGCUAAUAAUAGAGAUCCAUUUUUAAACUCCACGGAAACUACUACCAUAUUAAGCACCUCCAUUACCAGGGUCCAUAAAUCUACUACAGGUAUGCAGGACUCUCAAGGGCCAACUCAUGAAACAGGAAAAUCUGCCUCUCCAGGAAAUACAGGAGACAAUGAAAAUACAGAAAAUAAAAAUACGGAGCAGCGAUCACCAAUGAUGGGUUUUAUUAUUCCACUAAGCAGCAUUUUGGUCCCAUUUUUAAUUGUUGUCUCUGUAUGUCUUUAUAAGAUGUGUCAAGGAAAGUCUCCAGUUGCAGAGAGUGCUGAAAAUAAACUAUCUGCCCAAAACAAAGAAAGUGUUAAACUACUUUCUGUAAAAUCAUCAGAUAUUGAUUCAGAUUUAAAAAGAGCAACGCCUUCGAACCACACAGAAUUUAUUGCUGAAUGCUAAAGACAUUACUCACUGACAUUACUCACUGUGACUUUAUUCCAAUAUGUGCUCGCAAUGUAAAUGUAAAAUCUUUUGACUCUUCAUGUGAAUGCUAUUGUAAGCUAAGUUUGGCUUAAGUUUGACUUAAUUUAGACCAAGUCUUAAUUUUUCAUUUCCAAUACGAAAUGCAUUUCUGUUUUGCUGCUUAUAUAAAUUGGUCUAUAUGUAUCAACCGAUUGGAAUGCAUUUAAAGGAGCAAAAGAUUACACUAGGCCAGCAGAUAAGGGUUACAUUGGAAAUAUGUUUUGCCUGUUACUUUAUUGCAACAUAAAAUAAUCUACAAUUGUAUCCUUUCUUGCAUUAAUUAGCACAAUUGUUUCUUUACUUACAUUUUAGCUUGCUAUGCUCGUUGCAGCACUACAGGGGUGCCUCAAAGAUAAGAUCUCUGUAUAAAAUUGGUAGAGUAGAAAAUCUGGUUACAUGAUGUCAGCCUCACUACCCAAGACCUUCCUUAAGGCCUUAUUUAUGAUUGUAAUUGCAAGGGCGGUCAUGUAAAAUGAAUGCAAUUGUUGUUUGUAAGUGGGAUUAUGGGGAAAAUGUUGUUUUGUGUGUAAAAAUGGCAAUUUGGGUCUGAAAUUGCACACUGCGGCUGUGUUCAUAUAUGACCGCUUUAGUUGUUGGCCCAAAUCCAAACAGACAAGCAGCUGAAUUAAAAUUGACACAGUCCUCAAUUAUACAGCUAAUUUUACUGCCACCCUCCUGACUUUCUAUGAACAAAGAAUCUACACUGGAAUGACCCUUCCUGGCUGGCUGCAUUGUUGAGAGUUCUUUAUCAUGACUUACACAAACUUGUUCCAGAGACAUAGCAUACAUGUAAAAACAAAUCAAUGAUCCAUUGGCACUUUUUGAUAUAAAAAAAUGAAUCAACAUUAAUAAAAUGCUGCAUUGUGGUUAAAACCAAACAAAAUAGCUCUAACAUUCCUGUUUCAGGAAAAUAUCCAGCCUAUAUAGCCUCUUUAAUGUUAAUCUUUUGGUAAAUGUGACUGAUUUGUGGCCCACAGCAUGAGUGAAAGUAUUAUAAUCAUUAUGACACUGUUCUGCCAUUGUACAAAUACAGGUACCAUAAGGGAUUCUAAAUAAAAAUACUAAAAUAAAUUUUCCUUUACUGUUAA